GUGACGCAGAGUCAGACAAACUUCCAUCUCUUUCUCUCUCUAUCAAACAAACACACACUCUCUUUGCUGGCAAAUCUUACACGAUUCACGGAUUUCAACUUCGAGACUUCUUAGAAGUAUUUAAUUAUACUCGUACCUCAAUAAAAAUGGCCACCUUCAACUCCACAACUGUUGACUCAACUCCUCUUCUCAUGGCAGACCCACCAGAAACCGUCGCUAACACCGUCGAUUACAAGCGUCGCCCCGCCGUUAGAUCCAAACAUGGCCGGUGGUUUUCCGCAUUUUUCAUCAUUUGGGUGGAGAUGGCAGAGAGGCUAGCAUAUUAUGGAAUUUCUGCAAAUUUGAUAAGUUUUUUGACUGGGAAAAUGGAGCAGUCAACUGCAAUGGCGGCUGCUAAUAUCAAUGCUUGGUCGGGGGUGUCAUCAUUACUUCCUAUUUUGGGAGCUGUUCUUGCUGAUUCUUUUUUGGGAAAGUAUUAUACCAUUAUUGGAUCUUCCAUCAUUUACAUCUUGGGGCUUGGCUUGCUAACUCUGUCAGCAAUGUUACCUUCACUUGACUGUCUCAACCAAGGAAGAAGCAUCAUGGGUGCUCCUGGAUGUUCGCCGCAUUUGCAGAUAGUUAUAUUCUUUAUCGCCCUUUAUCUGGUGGCUGUUGGACAAGGUGGGCAUAAGCCUUGUGUUCAGGCUUUCGGUGCUGAUCAGUUUGACGGGGAAGACCCUCGUGAGAGUAAAGCCAAAAGCUCUUUCUUUAACUGGUGGUAUUUUGGUGUUUGUGUUGGUGGUUUGCUAGGUAUUGGAGUCUUGAGUUAUGUUCAAGACAACCUUAGUUGGGGACUUGGAUUUGGAAUUCCAUGCAUUAUCAUGCUACUUUCCUUGAUCAUAUUUUUGCUUGGAACUUUGACUUAUCGCUACACUAUGAAAGAUGAAGGGGAAAGUCCAUUCAUGAGGAUUGGAAGAGUGUUUGCUGCAGCAGUAAAGAAUCGGAAUGCUACAAUUCCCGUUGUUGGUGACAGUAAUGAAGAGGUAAUGCAAGAAACUGAAGACAAUGAUGGAUCUCGACAGUUCAGGUUCCUUGACAAAGCUAUGCUUGCACCUCAAAUAUCAAAGAGAAUUGGAAAAUCUUGCAGCAAGAGCGAGGUUGAAGAAGCAAAGGCAGUACGUAGGCUCUUUCCUAUAUGGGCAACAACCUUGAUCUUUGCAAUUGUUUUCUCACAACCUGCGACUUUCUUCACCAAACAAGGCAUCACAUUGGAUAGAUCAGUCGGGUCUAGAUUUGCUAUACCAGCUGCAGCAUUACAGUCCUUUAUUGGCAUCUGCAUUGUGAUCUUUAUCCCGAUUUAUGAUCGUGUUCUUGUUCCAAUAGCCAGAAAAUUAACCAGAAACCCUUCUGGCAUAUCAAUGCUUCAGAGAAUUGGAACCGGGUUGUUCAUAUCCAUCUUUACUAUGGUAGUUGCUGCUGUAACAGAGAAGAAAAGACUCGAGACUGCUACUCGAUAUGGGCUUAUAGAUUUGCCUAAGGUGACAAUCCCAAUGAGUAUUUGGUGGUUGCUUCCGCAAUAUGUGUUGUUUGGAAUUUCAGAGGCAUUUACCAUGGUCGGGCUGCAAGAAUUUUUCUACGACCAGGUCCCAAAUGAAUUGCGCAGCGUGGGAUUAUCUUUGUAUCUAAGUAUCUUUGGAUUAGGAGGUCUUUUGAGUAGCUUUCUUGUUUCAGUGAUCAACAAAGCAACCAGUAGAGGGGGGGAAGAGAGUUGGUUUUCGAAUAACCUGAAUCGGGCUCAUCUUGAUUACUUCUAUUGGUUGCUUGCUGGUUUUAGUGCCUUAGGAUUGGCUCUUUUUGUGUACUUCGCAAAAUCAUACAUAUACAACAAAAGCAAAGCUCGUUUAUAAGUGGUGACUGAAUGAUUGCUACUUCAUGUUAUUCAUGUUAUUUGGAGAUUGUAAUAAGGUGUUAGUGAUAAACUUAAAAGUUUUUAGAAGUCCUUUUAGAGCUUAAUUAGGUGUAAUGACCAUGUGUGUAAAACUAGAGUUCACAAGUAUUGUGGUCGCCUGAGUUUUUUUUUCUUAAAAUGCAAAAUCACCCAAUUGAAACAA